GAGAGAAACAUUGAUGUGAGAGAGAAACAUAGAUCAGUUGCCUCCCUUCUUAUGCAUCCCGACUAGGUAUGGAACCUGAAACCUGGGUAUGUGCCCUGACUGGGAAUCAAACCCCCAACUAACUGAGCCACACCGGCCAGGGCUGGAGAAGGGCGAUUUUAAACCCAGGCUUGAAGGAGGGGGUCUUGGGGUACAUGGUGAUGGUAAAGGUAGGGAGCAGCAUGCAUAGUGGAAAGAGCAGUUGCUUUGGAGAGAGAGACAGUUGAGGGUAUGAACCUGGCUCUGCCACUUCUCAGCCAUGUAAUUUUUUGUGAAAGUAAAACUUUUUAUAACUGUCUGGUAGGGACUUCAACAAGUACCUUUUCCCUGUCCAUGGUGACAUUUGUCCAACAAAUGUCUGCUGAGCACCAAUCCUGUGCUGAGUCAUAUGCUUCACGCCAGGAACACAAAGAUGAGUCAGAAAUUAUCUAUUCCCUUAGGAAUUCCCCAGUCCAGUGAGAGCGAUGGACUCAAAGAGCAAAUUACAAAAAGAUAUGGGAAGUGCUACUGUACAAGUCAUACACCACUGGCAGUGAGCUCACGGAGGAGUAACUAAUUCAUUCUGGACAGAAAACUCAGGGCUAGCCUACCUCUAAAAAGAUGAGCUGAGACUAGGAUAGAGGUUUUGAUUACCUCCUCCUUAUUCUAUUUUUAACGCUUGUCUUUGCUCUGAUAGUCUCUUUCUUAAAAAAAAAAUCUUGGUGCAGUUGUGUGGGCAUAGUUUGUAAGCUGCCUCAAACUUAGAAGGAAGGUGUUAUAAAUAUAAUAAGCAUAACAGCUUGAACAUUAGUUGAGGAAGGCGUCGCAAAAGUUACACAGGGGUUGGACCUUGAGGGAUGAAAAUGAGCUCUCAGUGGUCCUUGGAUUAAAGGAUUCCAGCCAGAGGAAGCCCAUGUUCGGAGACAGGAAAACACAGCAGGUUCAAGGGCACGAAGGUGAGUUGGGUCUGGCUGGGUUGAAAAGUAUGUGGAGAGGGUGGUGUGCGGUGGAAUGAAGAGGGUAGUGUCAUCAGGGCCGGAUCCAGAAAGGCCUUGAGUGUCAUGUGGGGAGCUUGGACUUUAUCUCUUAGGCAGUGGGGGAGAGGUCAGAGGUGUACACCCUGGACUGUGGCACGGUCACCGUGUUUUAGGAAGAUCUCUUUGGUCGCUGUUGGAAGAGGGGCUGGAAGUUUGGGAGAUCACUGUGGGAGCCUGGGACCUGACCUCAGACAUAGGCAGCGAGAAUGGGGGAGGAGAGGUAGAUAUUCAGAUAAAAACAUCAUAGGUCUUGAUGAUUGGUUACUGAAGUGAUAGUGAAGGAGCACAUUGUGGUUUCUGCUUUGAGAAGCUAUGUUGAUGUGGCUGAAAUCAGGCAUCAGGAUGUUUGGGGCAGGGCAGUAAUUAACGUUCUCUCAGCUAUGGAGUAUGGGAGCUCUCUGGGAUGCCCAUAAUGGAUAGUUAGGUAGAAGUUGCUGGUAGACAACUGGAAAUGUGUGUGCUGGUGAGGAGAGAGGAUGGGGCUGACACCCCUACUUUCUUCGGGCGAACACUGAGGAUCUACUGCGUGCAAAAGAUACCAAUGAGAUGUAGUUCCAGCCUCAGAAACUCACCCUCUGAGGCUAUGGACAUGGAUAGGCUGCAGUACAGAGUGAUUCUGAGUGUUGCAGUGAGAGGAUAGCUAACGGCCAGGAGAAAUAGAGUGGAAAAUGCAAAACAACGAAAUCAUAAAACCUGCCAAAUACUUCUCAGAAUUGGAAAAGAGCAUCCUGCUUGCUUUGGUCGAAAAGUACAAGUAUGUGCUGGAAUGUAAGAAAAGUGAUGCGCGCACGAUUGCCCUCAAGCAGCGGACCUGGCAGGCGCUGGCCCACGAGUACAACUCUCAGCCCAGCGUGUCCCUGCGGGAUUUCAAACAGCUGAAGAAGUGCUGGGAGAACAUCAAGGCUCGGACGAAAAAAAUUAUGGCCCAUGAAAGGAGAGAGAAAGUGAAACGCAGCGGCAGCCCACUUCUGAGUAGCCACGUGCUGGGGAAGGAGAAGAUCGCCAGCAUGCUGCCCGAGCAGCUCUACUUCCUGCAGAGCCCUCCCGAGGAAGAGCCCGAGUACCACCCCGAUGCCGCCGCCCAAGAAUCAUUUGCUGUUUCAAAUAGAGAACUGUGCGAUGAUGAGAAAGAGUUCAUACAUUUUCCAGUAUGUGAGGGGACCUCUCAACCUGAACCCUCGUGUUCAGCUGUCAGAAUAACAGCCAAUAAAAACUACAGGAGCAAAACCUCUCAGGAAGGUGCUUUAAAAAAGAUGCAUGAGGAAGAACACCAUCAACAAAUGUCCAUCUUACAACUGCAGCUGAUACAAAUGAAUGAGGUGCAUGUGGCCAAAAUCCAGCAGAUAGAGCGAGAGUGUGAGAUGGCAGAGGAGGAACACAGGAUAAAAAUGGAAGUUCUCAAUAAAAAGAAGAUGUAUUGGGAAAGAAAACUACAAACUUUUACCAAGGAAUGGCCUGUUUCCUCAUUUAACCGGCCCUUUCCCAAUUCACCCUAAGACUGUGAGGGUGGCUCCCUUGUGGUUUUGUUCUGUAUUGGCAAAGAAAGUCUGGAACAAGAACUUGCGGUCAGUAACCUGUAACAGAGCUACAACUAGGAAACGUAGAGUGGUAGUAGUCACUUAUUUAAGAAUACGUUCAGGUAAACAGCUGCACCCUCUGUACCCCUUCCGUGGCCAAGAAGCUGUUAUAGUCUUCAGAAAAUUAUCACUAUGAGUGCUAUCAUUCUGAAUGUAGUGUCUCUUAAUUAGAAUUCAUACAAGAACCCUGUGUGAGUGUUGUAUUUUUUUUUUAAUCCAAUGCAAGUGUGACUAUAAAGGAGUGUGGCUGAUUUUUUUUUUUUUUUUUUUUUUUUUUUUACCAGACAGUAGAACUUUUCUGUCCCAAUGAUGCCCUCCCAUUGAACGUGGCUGUCCCAGGAGGCCCCACGUCUCUCCAAGUGGUAAAGCUGUCGCUCAGCACUUGCUAGAGGUCUUUAGGGAACCUCCAUGAGAGCUGCAGCACCUCGUUCAUUUUCCAGUCGUAUCCUCUGAGUGUGGACUUUCUGAUUUUAUUUUAUUGUAUUACUUUAUUUUAUUUUUAAAUAUAUUUUUAUCGAUUUCAGAGAGGAAGGGAGAGGGAGGGAGAGAUAGAAACCCCACUGAUGAGAGAGACUCAUU